UUUUUUUUUUUUCCUUUAAAAUUGGAUCAACUGUGUCUGUGUCUUUAAAUCCAUAUAGUUCGGUUUGGGGGAAAAGGGGCGGGCCAAUUGAACGUCAUUAACGCGCCAAGGUUUCUGUAAUACCUUCAUACUAGUGUCUAUUCAAAGCAUUUGAAAAGGUUUGCAGAAAGCGUCGUUCAGUUCAUGUUCUGAUGUACAUUUUUCUGGAAUAAGCGUGUAUACAUUUAUUAUAUGUAUCAUGCCAAAAGCAAACAAAAGCAGCAGUGCUGGCAAACAGGCUGCUAUCAGUAAAUUCUUUAAGCCGGUUAAUAAUAAUAAAGUUACAAGCAGUGCAGUUUCUUCAACCGGCAAUGGAAUGAACUCAAAACCAGCCUCGUUAUUAUUAUCACAGUCCGGGGACAAGAAACCGGGAUCAGGGAGAAAAAAGAAACACUCUUCAGAAAACGAACCUAGCAAUAAACGGACAAAGUUAUCACAAGUUCAGGAUGAUGAAGACUGUAUUUCUGUGCAGAAUAAAGAGGUUAAAGACGAGCCCAUGGAGUUCUCCCGAGCCCGCAUCUCCUCGUCCACGCUGGGCAGGCUGAAGGGCUUCAGCAGCAGCAGCAGCGGCAGCAGCAGCAGUGUGAAGGAGGGUCUGUCUGGCAGGGAGAGAGGGUCUGUGAGCCAGAGCGACAGCAGCUUGAGCGAGUCGCUGAACAGCAGCAUCACAGCGGAGGGCUCCUUUGAAGAAAUGGGAACUGAGUCCAAAACUAAAAAGCAGCGCGGGCCGAGCUUUGAUCUGAACCAGUUUGCCACUGGAAAGGGCAGGGUGUCCAGGGAGAGCGGUGCAGACAGCAGCACACCCAACCGAAGAACCAAGAGCAUCUACACCCCGCUGGAGCUGCAGUUCCUGGAGAUCAAGGAGAAGCACAAGGACGUCCUGCUGUGUGUCGAGUGCGGAUACAAGUACAGGUUCUUUGGGGAAGAUGCUGAGAUUGCGUCACGUGAAUUGAACAUUUACUGCCACCUCGACCACAACUUCAUGACGGCGAGCAUCCCCACUCACAGGCUGUUUGUGCACGUCCGCCGCUUGGUUUCCAAGGGACACAAGGUAGGAGUGGUCAAGCAGACUGAGACGACAGCACUGAAAGCUGUAGGAGGAAACAAGAGCUCCCUCUUCACCAGGGAGCUGACUGCCCUCUACACCAAGUCCACGCUGGUGGGGGAAGAUGUGAACCCGCUGCUGAAGCUGGGUGACUUGGAGGAAGCCGAGGAUGUGGUUGUGGAGGACGCCCCCAAUAACUACCUGCUGUGCAUCUGCGAGAGCUGGGGGAGCAGCAAGGACAGGAAGAGACAGGAGCUCACCAUCGGCAUGGUGGCGGUGCAGCCCAGCACUGGGGACGUGGUGUUCGACUGCUUCCAGGACUCAAGUUCACGCUCGGAGCUGGAGGGCCGUAUCCUACGAGUGCAGCCUGUGGAGCUCCUGCUCCCCUCGGAGCUCUCUGAAGAGACUGAGAGGCUGGUCCGCAGCAUCGUCUCCACGAGCAUGCAAGGUGAUGAGCAGAUCCGUGUCGAGAGGAUGGAGAGCUCACACUUUGGGUACAGCAACGCGUUCAAGAUCGUCUCUGACUUCUACACAUUCACCGCCCCCGAGGACGCAGGCUCUCAGAGGCUCUCCAGUAUAAUAGGUCUUGAGAGGCCGGUGGUGUGCUGCCUGGCGGGGGUUAUUACGUAUCUGACCGGCUUCAAUCUGGAGAAGGUUCUCCUCAAUACCAGCGCAUUCAGACAGCUCUCCAAUGAAGCUGAGUGUAUGGUGCUCAGUGCUACGACCAUGAAGAACCUGGAGAUCUUGCAGAAUCAAACAAACUGUAGGGAAAAAGGCAGCUUGCUGUGGGUCCUCAACCAUACCCAGACCCCCUUUGGCCGGAGAUUGAUGAGGAAGUGGGUGACACAGCCCCUGAUAUCGGCAAGGGAAAUCCAAACUCGUCAGGAUGCAGUGGCUGAAAUCCUCUCCUCGGAAUCCAGCGUCCUGGCUCCCACCCGGAGCCUGCUCAGCAAGCUGCCUGAUUUGGAGAGAGGCAUCUGUAGCAUUUAUCAUAAAAAGUGCUCCACGCAGGAGUUCCUCCUGAUUGCCAGCGUUCUGUCCCGUCUGGAGGUGGAGCUGCGGUCUCUGGUCCCAGCUGCCCAGUCCCAGGUGCAGUCGGCCCUGCUGAGAAAUCUCCUGCUGGAGACCCCACAGCUGCUGGCCCCAGUGCAUCGCUACCUCAGGGUGCUCAAUGAAAAGGCAGCCAAGACUGGAGAUAAAACCGAGCUGUUUGCGGAUCUGACAGAUUUCCCUGUAAUCCGAGAGAGGAAGGAGGAGAUCCAGGAUGUUCUAUCCCAGAUCCAGGAACACCGGCGAGAGAUCCGGCUCAUCCUGAAAAAUCCCUCCCUGGAUUAUGUGACUGUGUCAGGCCAGCAGUUUCUGAUCGAGGUCAAGAACACCAUGAUGUCAAAAGUACCACCUGACUGGGUCAAAAUUAGCAGCACAAAGGCAGUGGGCCGUUUCCACACGCCUUUUAUAGUGGAGAAGAGCCGGCUCCUCGGCCAACUGCGUGAACAGCUCACCCUCGACUGCUGCAGCGAGUGGAUCAGCUUCCUCCACCAGUUUGGUGAGCACUACCACACAAUCAGGAAAGCAGUUUGUCACCUAGCAACAGUUGACUGCAUCUUCUCAUUGGCGGAAGUUGCUAAGCAAAGCAAUUAUUGCAGACCGGUGGUGCUGGAAGAUGAGAGGCAGAUAAUAAUAAAGAAUGGCCGGCACCCUGCUAUUGAUGUACUGAUGGGAGAACAGGACCAGUAUGUACCCAACAGCACUGAACUCCUCGGGGACGGUAAGCGGGUGAUGAUCAUUACUGGACCCAACAUGGGUGGGAAGAGCUCCUAUAUAAGACAAGUGGCUGUCAUCACCAUGAUGGCUCAGAUAGGCUCCUUCGUGCCGGCUGACGAGGCUGUCGUUGGGAUUGUGGAUGGCAUCUUCACCAGAAUGGGAGCCUCCGACAAUAUUUACAAGGGCAGGAGCACAUUUAUGGAGGAGCUGACGGAGACGUCGGAGAUCAUUCAGAAAGCUACGUCUCGGUCGCUCGUCAUUCUAGACGAGCUGGGCCGCGGGACGAGCACUCACGAUGGCAUUGCCAUAGCCUACGCCACUCUGGAGUAUUUCAUCAGAGACGUGAAAUCCUUGACCCUGUUUGUGACCCACUACCCUUUGCUGUGUGAGCUGGAGAGACAGUGUCCAGAGCAUGUGGGGAACUACCACAUGGCCUUCCUACUGAACCAGCAUGAGAGUGACCACAACAAAGGUCCUGGGAGUGAACUGCAGCCUGAGUUCAUCACUUUCCUCUACCAGCUGACACAGGGAGCGGCCGGCAGGAGCUACGGCCUCAAUGUGGCUAAACUGGCCGAGAUCCCCGAAGAAAUCCUCAGGAAAGCUGCUCGCAAAUCAAAAGAGCUGGAGGGCUUAGUAAACGCAAAGAGGAGAUACAAGAAAUCAUUCUGUGAAGCCUGGAAUAUAUCUGACAGCAAUGUGUUAAAGGACUGGGUACAUUUUAAUACAUAGAUCAUUUCCUUCCAGGGAUUUGGUGGAAUUGUGUUUGUAUAAAAAUCAUAAUCUCAUGUCUGACUUGCAAAGGUUUGAAUCUACAGUGUAAGUUGGCUUGUGCAGUAACAUGCUAAAACAAUGCCCUCAAAUACAUAAGACUUGCCAUUGAAUGAAGGUAAUAAUUGUGAAUGUAGCACAUUAAACACCACAUGUUGAAACUGA